AUGGCCGAGUUGACUCAGGCCGAUGUUGUAUACUCGCCUCGUUCGUUUCAAGUAUGGAAGACUUUGGUGAACUGGCUUGCGUUUUUCUAUCAGAUCUUCCUUCAGAUCCUUCGUGCUGUUGGUUACCAUCCUCUUCUCUCUUCCUCUGCUAAAGCCACCGCCGAUGGUUUUAAACCUUUACCGGCCAUCGAGUUGCUCGAUAGAGCGGCGGCGGAAUCGCCCACCACCGUCGAAAUCGCUUCCUCCGCGAACUCUUGUGGCGAUGGAGAACAAGGACGGUCCCAGAGACUCAAGGUUGUUCUAGACUUGGAUGAGACUUUAGUGUGUGCAUAUGAGACAUCUAGUUUACCUGCUGCUUUACGUAAUCAAGCCAUUGAAGCCGGGUUAAAAUGGUUCGAGCUGGAAUGCUUAUCAGUAGACAAGGAAUGUGAUGGGAAACCAAAGAUCAAUUAUGUCACGGUGUUUGAGCGUCCAGGAUUGCACGAGUUCUUAGAGAAACUCAGCCAGUUUGCAGAUCUUGUUCUGUUUACCGCUGGUCUUGAAGGAUAUGCUAGACCGCUCGUGGACAGAAUAGAUACCAGAAACGUACUCAGCAACCGACUUUAUCGACCUUCAACAGUCAGCACGCAAUACCGAGAUCACGUCAAGGAUCUGUUAAGCACGUCAAAGAAUAUGUGUAGGACAGUAAUUGUUGACAACAAUCCUUUCAGCUUUUUAUUGCAACCAUCAAACGGGAUUCCAUGUAUUGCAUUUUCCGCGGGGCAGCCAAAUGAUACUCAGCUUUUGGACGUUAUUCUACCACUUCUGAAGCAACUUUCAGAGGAAGACGAUGUAAGACCGACACUUUAUGACCGGUUCCAUAUGCCCGAAUGGUUUGAGAAGCAAGGCAUACCUCCAUCGUGCUGGAAUACUUAA